UCGAGGGUGGACAGGCUGUCCUGCCACCAGCAGAGCCAAAGGGCCUCUGGGAAGGGCAAGCGGAGGGGCCAGAGCUGGCCUCCUCUUGCUGCCCCUCUGCUUCACUUCACCGGCCCGACCAGCUCCGAACUCCAAGCCUAGGUUUACAGCUGCUUUGUCGCAACUCCUGAAACCAAGACUGGAUGGUGUCUGUGAGGGGGCUUGGUCAGCCACUUGAACAGCGGGGAGAUAUGUCUCCUUACGACCGAAGGAGAAAGUGAAACAACGGUGCAGAAGCCAGAGCUCCAGGGGCAAAAGAAAAUGGAAGAGAAUCCAAGCGUGGAUCUGUCUGGAGCUGGGCCAGCCCAAGAUGAGGUGGAGAGCACAGCUCUGCACCAAGAGCCCACUCAAGAAAUACUUGAGCACCAAGUGACAAGCAGGUGGCCUGAGACCUCCUGCAAACCAGAGGAGGACUCUUUGGUGUGUACAUCACCAACUGCUGAUGGAGAAGAGACAACACUGUCAGAUUCAGCUGACCCCACAGUGGAGAAGGUUCCCCAGGAAACUGAAGUAUCACUGGAAGAAUCUGGGAACACAAGAGAUGGUGUCUCAGAAGGAUCCCAUGAAGAAGACGACUUGGAUGAAGCCAGGCUUGCCCAUGAUAAAACUGACAGGAAAGGAGAGAGCCCUGUCCACCAGGAAACACAGGAGGACCAGGAGACAAGCAAGCAAUGUGGAAGCUCCUACACAGCAGAGGAAGAUGCUUCACCAAGAAGCAAGUCACCAAGCUCUGACAGCAAAAUGGCACAUUUGGAUGUGACUGCCACAGAAGACGUCUCCACGGGCCUCUUGGCAGAGAAGAGCACCAGUGCCCCUCUCCUAGAUCGGGAGCCAGAAGAGCACAUAGAGCAAGCAACACAGGAGAGCGCAUCCCAAGGCACACUAAGGAACAGACAUGGGACCAAAGGGCACACAGCCCCAAAGCCAGAGGCUCAGUCCUGCCUACAGAACAUCACCACCGAAAACACAGACCAGGAGAAGGCCAAAGAGUCCCUCUUGCUGAAAGGUGAGGAAAAGAAGCUUCCCUUGUGCGUUACUCAUCGACCAGAAGGCGCUGAUCCUCCAGGAACAAGGCUUGUCAUCAUGAGCCUUGUAUUGCUCGGUUUCUGCAUAUUCUGCUUCGGCAACCCGACCUCCAAGGCCCAGCAAGCCCCCAAGAACCCCACAGUGGAGGCCUUUCUGUCCCAGUUCAACCAGCUGCAGGACAGGUUUCCGGGGCAGAGUCCCCACCUGUGGCUUCGUGGGCGCAAGUUCCUGCAGAAGCACCUCAAUGCAUCCCACCACACUCAGCCGGCCAUCAUAAUCUUCACGUCCGCCCGCAAGGGUGAGCGCACCUUGCAAUGCCUUAGUGCCCGUGUGGCCGACACCUACUCAGCCGCCCUGCAUGCCAGCAUGGUCCAGGUCAAUGGCAUGGAUAAAUCUAGGCUCCAGAGUGACCAGGCCAAGCUGGAGGUGGACUCAGAGUUGAGCUCAGCUUUCCAGGCUGGGGCCCGUGCUGCGGUGAUACACCGCUUCGAGUUGCUGCCGGCAGGGGCCACCCUCAUCUUCUACAAAUACUGUGACCACGAAAGUGCUGCUUUUAAGGACGUGGCCCUGCUGCUGACUGUGCUGCUGGAGGAGGAGAUGCUGGAGACCCACAUCAGCCUCCAGCAGGUGGAAGAGAGAGUCCGCGACUUCCUCUGGGCCAAGUUCACCAACACCAGGACCCCCAGCUCCUACGACCACAUGGACUCCGACAAGCUGAGUGGGCUAUGGAGCCGCAUUUCCCACCUGGUCCUACCGAUCUACCCCGUGCAGACCAUUGAGAAGGGAGGCUGCCAUGUCCACACCAAACCCUAGGGGCAAAGGCUGCCAGAGCCCCAGGAAGGGUUGGAAAGAUGGUCCUGGCUGACUCCAGUGCAGGUGGAGGCACAACUAGUGCUAUUUCUCUUCUAUUUGUCUGCUGUACAUUCCUGGGAAGAGUUGAACAGCUACAAGUUCAUCCAGGCCAUUUAGCCAGCUGAGUCCUGGAGGCAAUAGAUCAUGCGCUUCCUUCUGGCAGGUGGGAAGAGCUGAUAUUUUAGACUGCUGAUUGCACAGGAGACCAUUGGUGUGUGGGGAGGCAGGAGGGAAAACAGGACUUUGCAGAUAGCGUUUCUAUUAGGAAAUACACAAAUAACGUACACAACUGUUAUGCCAGAGAGAUACUUAAGUGGAGUAGCUCUUUCAUUUCUCCCUGCCCCUCAGUUUGCUAAUGUCGUGUACAUCAGUCUCACAAUGUACUUUAUCUACAACAUUUCUCUCUCUUUACAGAGAGCCGCUGAAACACAGGAAGGGUGAAUUCCCCAAAGCCCAACCUUUUGAAGGCAUGCUUCAAAAAGAAAACCAGUUUGCUAAUCAAGGGUUUGACCAGUCAGAAUGACACUCAGCAAAGACCAGAUUCUAAAUAUAGGAUGUUCAAACAAAUCUGCAAUUCAGAAAUCCCCUAAACAUCAAUUACAAGAAAUUUCAUGUUGUCAGCACUUAAACAUUGCACUUCAGGGGAGUGCACUUUAGGGGGUGGAUUCCAUGAGAUGAUCCCAUAUGCCCAAGAAUAACCUCUGAAGACAGAGAGCAAUGAAACAGAAAGCACCUUACUGUCACUCUGAUAGUGUGAAGCCUCAAGGGAUUGCACAGGUGAAAGAAUGAGUUCAACUUAAUGCUACCUCUUUAAAAAAAAGGUCUGUUCUUGAUCCCUUUGCCACCACAAGGCUAUGACUAUCUCUUUGGGCUGAUGCACCAGCUUUGGUCCUACACAUGAGAUUGCUUUUCACCUGGAUCUCUGAUCUGUGUGUAGGGCAGGAAGCCUUCUGCCUGCCUCUCCCCAGCUAACUUUUAUUGAAGAAUGUAGAUGUUAACAUUGAUAUUUAUUUCAAACCGUGGAGGGUAGCACACCAGGUCCUUGCUUUCCAAAGGUACAUUUGCCUCCUGGACAGGCAGCUGGUGCUCUGGCAUAUGCUAAAACAACUAGGAGCAGAGCUGGGAUUAGCUGGUAAAGACAAAAAUCUCUGGCAUGAACACUAAAAAUCCUCAAUGAAGCAGGGUGGUUUCUCACUGUGCCUCCUCCUUCUGCAUCCCAGGAAGAGAAAUCCGAGUCCUGGAAACACUGCAUUUCUGCAGACACUCUGGGGCAGAGCAGCCAAUUUGGGGAACACCUGGGGAGUAGGUGCAGGUUGCAGCAUCUAUAAUAACUCAACAGUCACCCCCAGGUGUCAGCCCCUUCUGCCUACAGCACUGCCUGCCAGAGAAGGAGCAGCUGUAGUGGAGCACAGCUUAUUUCCGUAUAAGCAGCGCAGACUGGGGCCUCGCAGAGCCAGGCUCUGUAUCUGACCAAGACACAAAUUGAGAACACUACAGUGUUUUUACAAGCAGCCCAUCUGAGUGCUCCUUACAGCAGCUGGACCCUGGUGGCAGCCAGGUCUCCUGCCAACAGUGCCUUGCUGAUCUGCCUCACCGACAGCUCAGCUGAGGCACAGCCCUGCACCCUAAAACCACAGCCUGCCUCUUCUUGCCUCCUGCCAUGUGCCUUGACCCAUCUCUGGAGUUUUGUGGCCAUUAACUUGAAGGAGGGGACAAAACGAAGGAAGAGGAAGGGGUUAUUUGUUCAUGUUCUAACCAAAGAACAGACUUUUUGGUUGGUUGGGGACAUGAAGACAAGACCACGGGUGUUUUAACCGUGACAAACACUGGGCUAGAUGUGAGAAUUACCUGCUGGAGCCCAGCAUCAGCAGGGCAGCCCAGGGCAUGGUUUCGUACAAGAUCCCCUCCCUCCUUUUUAUUGCUAUACACUACUUUGGUAACAGAAAACACCGUUUCUGCUCUGCGCGGUUCAGUAUGGGCGUUGCUGUAAGAACUGGCAGAGCAUUAAUCAUGUCAAUAUCUUGCGGGAAAUUUGUAUUUUAACCUUAUCUCACUCUCGGUUUUAUGUACUGUGUUUGUAACGCAUAGCCAAGGUAUGCAAAGGCAACUUCAUGCUACUUGGGCGCAUCGCUGGAAGUGUUGCCCACCCGA